CAACCGUGACAGAGCAAAAACACUUCUCUCUAGAAACUGUGUCUCUAAUUUCUCUGCUCUCUGCUCUAAGCUGCCCAGCAAUGUCAGGGAUAAAGGUUGGAAUACUGACAGUGAGUGACCGAUGUUCCCGUGGGGAGGCGGAGGACACAGCUGGUGCGAAUCUGAAGGAUCUCGUAGCCAAGAACACUCUUUUCCGAGGACAGGUUGUUGAAUAUUGUUGUGUUCCUGAUGAAGUGGACCAAAUAAAAGAGGUUUUACUCAAGUGGUGCAGUGAGAAAGAAGUUCAUCUGAUUGUCACCGUGGGUGGGACUGGAGCAGCGCCUCGGGAUGUAACUCCAGAAGCUGUGAAAGAGGUAAUUGAAAGGGAGGCAACUGGCAUGUGUAUAAAUAUGAUGACACAGUCGCUCAAAGUUACCCCACUUGCCAUGUUAUCACGCCCAGUAUGUGGAUACCGCUCAAAGAGUUUGAUUGUGACUGUGCCAGGGAGCAAGAAGGGAUCUGAGGAGUGUCUGAGAUUCCUUGCUCCAGCAAUUCCCCAUGCCAUUGACCUUCUUACAGGACAGAAGACAGCUGUAGAAAAGACCCACGAGCAGCUACAAGCAGAAGGAGUGAAAACAGGGCAUGGGCCAGUGAACCUGGAAAUAGUGAGUCGAAGGCAGAUGUGACAGCAGUAUGCCGACGUCCCAGGAAGUCUCCAUAUCCAAUGAUUUCUGUCAGCCAAGCCACUGAAAUUGUAUUAUCACAUGCAGAGAAGCUUUCUAUAAAGACUCUUCCUAUGCAUGAGGCCUUAGGCUUUGUGCUUGCAGAGGACAUCUUUGCCAAAGACCCACUACCUCCAUUCCCAGCUUCCAUAAAAGAUGGUUAUGCAGUUGUGUCCCAGGAUGGAGCAGGUAUCCGCAAGGUUGGAGGAGAUGCAACAGCAGGUUGUGGACCUGAAGAUUCUAAAGUAACCAGUGGUAUGUGUAUCAGAAUUAACACUGGUGCUCCUGUGCCACCAGGUGCUGAUGCUGUAGUACAGGUAGAGGACACAGAGCUAGUUAAGGAGAGUGAAGAUGGCAAAACUGAACUUGAGAUCAAAAUCCUCAAGGCACCUUCUGUGGGCCAGGAUAUCCGUCCUUUAGGCUGUGAUAUUGCAGUUGGGGAAAAGGUUCUUGCUUCAGGAACUCUUCUUGGUCCCCCUGAAAUGGGUCUCCUUGCUACUGUAGGAGUCACGCAUGUUGCUGUAACAAAUAAACCAACUGUUGCAGUCUUGUCAACAGGUAAUGAGCUCCAAGAACCAGGGGAGCAGUUAAAGGAAGGACACAUCCGCGACAGCAAUAAGACAACCCUCGUAUCUCUUCUGCACCAACACAACAUCCCAGUUGUAGAUGCAGGGAUUGCCAAGGAUGAUCCAACCUUACUGCUUGCAGCUCUUCGGAAAGCUCUGGACCAGGCGAGCAUCUUGGUCACCACGGGCAGCGUAUCCAUGGGAGAACGUGAUAUUUUGCGGCCUGUGCUCACUUCAGAUUUUGGAGCAGAGAUUCAUUUUGCACAAGUCUUCAUGAAACCUGGGAAACCUACUACAUUUGCCACAUGCCUUUACAAGGGAGAGAAAAAGCUAAUCCUGGGACUCCCAGGAAACCCAGUGUCAGCCAUAGUUACCUCCAAUCUUUACCUACUCCCUCUCUGUCGCAAAAUGAGUGGUCGAAGUGCUGUUGAGAAUACAUGUAUAAAAGUAAAGCUGGCCUCCACCAUAUUUCUUGAUCCCCGGCCAGAGUACCACCGAGCCACUCUAUGCUGGGCACCUGGAGAGGAUUUUGCUGUGGCAUAUUCAACUGGAAAUCAGCUCUCGUCACGACUGCUUUCCAUGGCAUCAGCCCAAGCAUUACUUAAACUUCCUCCUCGUACUGAGCAAACAAAGAGCAUCUCGGAAGGGUCUCUGGUGGAGGCUCUUUUGUUAGGGAUGUGAAGGUAGUAUUUGGUUAGCCAAAGGUAAAACAAUCACCGAAUAAUCAUUACUUGACUGUUGAUUUGCUUUUAUAAGAAUUGAGGAGGAAACUUAUUUGGCCAAGUAUUUGUAGAAGUUCCAUAAAACAUUGAGUUCUUUUUAAAAAACUGUCACGUUAUAAUUGCUAUGAUUAUUACUUAUAAUUGACUUGCUUUUAGAAAAAAAUAUGAGAUAAGGAAACAUGUUUAGCCAAAUAUUAGGAAAAGUUGGAGAAAAAACAUUCAGGUCUUUUAUGUCAAAGAUACAAAGUUUGCAUUGAUAUUUAAGUGGGAUUUAAAAGGGCCAUGCACAAAGUUUAUGAUAAUACAGAUUACAGAUUUGUUAUUUUUAUGUUUUUUUGUCUGGGAAAUCUUUUGGAUCAAAGAAUUUCCAUUUAAUUGUGUGGUUUAAUAUGCACAGAUAUUGGUUUAAUUGUGUAUUGAAAUAUUAUAAUUUACAGAAAUAUUAUAAUUUACACAAGUUAAAAGUUUGUUCAUGCUUCUUUGGGCUAUUGAAGUGUAAGAAGUUUAAAGAGCCCAUCGAUAUAAUGUAUAAGUAUUUUGUUACUCUUUUGCAGCUGCAUAAUUUAGUUUAACAGAGAAGAUAUUCUUUAUGUUCAUAAUGUGUUUCAUAUUCCUCACUAACAAUUGUAAAGAAUAUUUCUUUUUUUGUUUAAUUGUCAUUUAUGAAGGGGGAGUCUUGGAACCAUAGCAGGUAAAAAUGGUGCUAGAAUUUAAGCUGAAAGUUAGUGUCAUGGGCGGUAUAAAUGUUUUUUUUUUUUUUUGACAAAUGUUUAUUAUUGAUAAGAUUUUCAGAUUUAUAUUUUGCAUAGACACAUUGAUAAGAUAUUUGAAUAAAAAAAGAAUUCUGUAA